ACCGCAGUGUGAUCAUUAGAUGACGUAAGCGAUUUGGCUGUUAAACGCCAAAAAGCAAUCGAUUGAUCAAGUUGUAACAUGGCCAGUACACCGGAUCCAUUACCGACGUCACUUUUCGAAGGAUUACUACCCAAGGUUGCUGUGGUGCUUGAUCUCACCCAAAAGGCAGAAGGGACAGCAACUCCUGUAGCUAAACAAGCACUGCUACAAGCGACAAAUGAUUUCAAAUAUACGCUUGCUCAGGCGAAAGACUACGCAAACACACUAGCAGGAGGUGACCUCUUGGUUGAGGAACAGGACAGUGUAGUUGCAAUGCUCGAGAUGCUGAAACAGCACAAGCAGCAGCAAUUAGUACAGUUUGCAUCGGAAGUUGGGUCUUUGUCCACAAUAGCAAUCUCCAGCGCCAGUUCGAAGAUGGAGAUUGAUUCUACUGCUUCAACCCCAUUUGCUUCUGGUGGUCAAUUUUGAUAUUGCAACCUUCAAUGGGGACAUUCACAGUGCUUUCCCCGUCGUUUUCUCAGUAGCUCGCGGUUGAGAUUCUAUUAUAUAAUUUAACUUAUUAAUUCCAAAAUUGGACUUAAACCGCAGUCUCCGCUUCAGUUUAAAGUGUCUCAUCACC